UUUAUUUUUAUUUUAAACACACAUUGUUUUUAAAUGUAAUGGAGAUAUAUAUAGAUAUAUAUAUCACCUCCAGAGUAGUCUUGUAACUUAAUCUCAGACCUGAUUUAUUAUGUGUCAUAUCUGACACUUUUUAAUUCAAGUGUGACUCAAAGCCUAAAAUUGAUGUGAAAAAACAAACUGAUAAACAUGACUGCCAUAAAGCAUGCCCUUCAGAGGGACAUUUUCACACCCAAUGAUGAGCGCCUACUGAGCAUUGUAAAUGUAUGCAAGGCUGGUAAAAAGAAAAAGAACUGCUUCUUAUGUGCUACAGUGACAACAGAACGUCCAGUUCACGUGAAAGUAAUGAAAGUAAAAAAAUCUGACAAGGGAGAUUUUUACAAAACUCAGACUGUCUGGCAUCUUCAGGAUCUUGCUGUGGUGGAUGCGAAAGAUGCUGUCAAAGAAAAUCCAGAUUUUGAUUUGCAUUUUGACAAAGUGUACAAGUGGGUUGCCAGUAGCACUGCUGAGAAGAAUGCUUUUAUUUCCUGCAUCUGGAAAUUGAACCAGCGAUAUUUACGGAAGAAGAUAGACUUUGCAAAUGUCAGCCCACAACUUUUAGAAGAAUUGCCUAAAGUUUCAGAAGAGUCUGUUCCCAGUGGAGAGAAUCAGAUAGUAUCCGGAGUAGAUGAAGAAGCAGCAGCUGAAUACCAGGAGCUUAAUGCCAGGGAGAAGCAGGACAUUGAGAUUAUGAUGGAGGACUGUGAAUAUGCUAUAUCCAAUGCUGAAGCCUUUGCAGAGAAGUUAUCUAGAGAAUUGCAGGUUCUAGAUGGGGCAAAUAUUCAGUCAAUCAUGGCUUCCGAGAAGCAAGUGAACAUCCUGAUGAAACUGCUGGACGAGGCCCUACAAGAGGUUGAUCAGAUUGAAGGGAAGCUGAGCAGCUAUGAGGAGAUGCUACAAAGUGUUAAGGAGCAAAUGGAUCAUAUAUCCGAAAGCAACCGUCUGAUAGAGCUCAGUAAAAGAAAUGGUGACAUAAUGCUCAGAGAGAUUGAGUUUCUUGUUAAUCAUAUGGACCUAUCAAGGGGUCAUAUUAAAGCUCUCCAGGAAGCAGAUCUUUCCUCAUCUCGAGGGAUUGAGGCUUGUACAAACGCAUCAGAAGCACUUCUGCAGUGUAUGAAUGUCAAUCUUCAACCAGGGCACAAAAUGCUUCAAUGUGUCAAGCAGCAGCAACAGCUGUUCAGUGACCUGCGGGAGCAAUUUGCACGCAGACUUGCAAGCCAUUUAAACAAUGUCUUUGUUCAGCAGUUUACUCUGCUCUUCCCAUAUUUGUAUAACAGAACCUACUAUCUAUCUAUGGCUGGCCAUGACCAGAAUUCCACCCCCAGUCAACACACAGUUGAAAUUACAUUACCAAAUCAUCAUUCUUUCCACCGGGACCUUCUAAGAUAUGCUAAGUUGAUGGAGUGGCUUAAAAAUACUGAAUAUGAGAGAUAUGAAGGACUUACUAGGAACUACAUUGAUUAUAUAGUGCGUCUGUAUGAUAGAGAGAUCAAAGACUUUUUUGAGGUGGCCAAAAACAAGAUGACUGGGGCAAGCAAAGAAGGAAAGAAGUUCGCUACGCUGCCUCGAAAAGAGAGUGCCGUCAAACAGGAAACAGAGAGUCUUCAUGGAAGCUCUGGGAAGUUGACAGGAUCCACAUCUAGUCUUAAUAAGCUGUCUAUCCAGAGUUCUGGCAGCCGCAGGUCUCAGUCGUCCUCACUGCUAGAUAUGGGCAAUAUGUCUGCCUCCGACCUGGAUGUUGCAGACAGGACAAAAUUUGACAAGAUCUUUGAACAAGUUUUAAGUGAACUGGAGCCUCUCUGUCUGGCCGAACAAGAUUUCAUCAGUAAAUUCUUUAAUCUGUCUCAGCAUCAGGCCAUGCAGCGGACACCAUUGGGUGAUAUAGAUGAUGCAGAUGGGUCAACUUUAUCCCGUUUACAAAGCACCGGAGCCCAGACAAGCGUAUCAUCUGAGAAAGAUAUGAUCCGGCAGAUGAUGACCCAGAUAUUUCGCUGCAUUGAGCCAGAACUGAACAAUCUUAUAGCCCUGGGAGACAAGAUUGACAGCUUUAACUCCCUGUAUAUGCUGGUCAAGAUGAGUCACCAUGUGUGGACUGCAGAAAACGUGGACUCUGCAUCCUUCCUCAGCACUACGUUAGGAAAUGUCCUUGUCACUGUCAAACGAAACUUUGAUAAAUGCAUAAUUAGCCAAAUCAAGCAGAUGGAAGAAGUAAAAAUUUCAAAGAAAAGUAAAGUGGGCAUCCUCCCAUUUGUGUCAGGAUUUGAGGAGUUUGCUGAACUUGCAGAAUCCAUAUUUCGUAUUGCAGAGAGACGGGGAGAUCUUGAUAAAGCUUACACCAAACUUAUCAAAGCAGUGUUUAUCAAUGUGGAAAAAGUUGCCAAUGAAAGCCAGAAGACACCUAGGGACGUAGUAAUGAUGGAGAACUUCCACCAUAUUUUUGCUACACUAUCUCGUUUGAAGAUAUCAUGUUUGGAAGCAGAAAAGAAAGAAGCCAAACAGAAAUAUAAUGACCAUUUACAGAAUUACGUUAUAAACUCCCUAGGACAUCCACUGGAAAAACUAACGUUUUUCUUUGAAGGUGUUAAAGCUCGUGUUGCCCAGGGUAUUGGGUAUGAGGAAGUUAGUUACCAGUUAGCGUUCAGCAAGCAGGAACUGAGAAAAGUCAUAAAGGAUUAUCCAGGGAAGGAAGUGAAAAAAGGGCUGGAUAGUUUGUACCGUAAGGUUGACAAACAUCUCUGUGAGGAGGAGAAUUUGUUACAGGUGGUGUGGCACUCCAUGCAAGAUGAGUUUAUCCGUCAGUACAAGCACUUUGAGGAUCUGAUUGAGAACUGUUAUACCGGGGCCGGUAUCACAAUGGAAUUCACUAUUCAAGACAUUUUGGAAUACUUUUCCAGUAUUGCACAAUCACAUUAGCACCAGUCCAGUAGAGCUCUUGAAUGAUGCCCUUAAGGAAAAUAACAGCACUUUAUGCAUUACUUGCAAGCAUUUAAUAUUACAAAACAAAAAUAGUUCUAUGGGUCAAAUUUAUAAUUGUUCAUCUUGUGUAACACUCCGUUUUCUCAAACAGAUCUCCUAGGGUAGCUACUGUUAUUAUAGAAACUCCACAUUCAAGUAGCAGCAGCUAAAGUGCUUGUAUUUCUCUGUUGUCCAAUGGUCACUGAUUUUUAUUUGUUGCUAGAUGGAAGUUGUUUUAUAUUUCUGCCCUUCACAAUUUAUUUAAACAUGCGUUUCCUGUUCAGCCUUUUAUUCUACCUCAGCUUUGGUUUGUACUUAACUACUGAGAUAAAAUAAAUAUGUAAAUGAAAGUCGCUUAAUCCCUAAUUUAGCCUAAACAAUUCCAACUGGUUUCCCAGCAUCAUACAUCUUGUUCUCUGUGUCAUGUAUUUUAUUUUAUAUAUAUAUUCACUGAAAUAGUGCUGCUCUGUUAACUAAUGCAUCCCUUAAAUGGUUAUUACAGAUACCAAUUUUAAGAAAAAAAAGUGUAAUAAAAAAGGGCAUAGCAAGGAUUAUGUACACACUGAGAAUACUUUUUGAAAUUGGAUGUUUUGCACUGAUGAUAAUUGCAUUGCAUUAACAGCAGUUGUAGUCUUUGCUCUGUCUGCAACAACUUUAUAUUAAAAAAAAAAAUCUA